UCCAUGUCAAAAGCAUGCCAUGGAUCCUUUGGCGUUACUGUCAGACGAAGAGGAUGAAGCUGGUGCUGACGGAGAAGAAAGAGGACCCUUUGCAUGCAAUCAUGGGCUACAAGAUCCAGAUCCCAAGCGGCUUCGCACAGCUGAGCCAGAAGGUGUGAACUUUGAAGCCUUGAGGCGGAUUGGGUAUGGCGCUCAAGCAGAGGCCGAAGAGGCGGCCAAUGCAGCUGCUUCACUCCAAGGAACGUUUUCUGCGCUGCAGCAGAAGGCACAAGAGGACGCAGCAGGGCGUCUCUGACUCAAGCGGUAUUCAGCUGAUUCGUUGCAGGUUGGACGAAGCAAAAGAGAAAGCUCAGGAUCCGAGCCGCUUGGGUUGCGAGGAGCCACCUGAGAGUAUCGAGGUGUACGAUGAACAAGCCGCCCAAAGAGGCGACGACGCUGAAAAUCAGUGGCCUCCAUGGUCAACGCUUGAGGCAGCGGAGGAAGGGCUCACAAAGACGCUGGUGGAUGCCAUGCGAACUGCAGGUUUUACCGAGCCCACUCCAAUCCAGGCGCAAGGGUGGCCCAUUCUUUGUCAUGGGCGCGAUCUCAUCGGCGUGGCGAGGACCGGGUCUGGCAAAACACUGGCCUUCCUUUUGCCUUGUUUCGCACGACUUUUGAAGGAAGGCUUGCGAUCCAGGAUGGGCAGUGGCUCUGGCCCUGGUGACGAUGCCUCAUUGCCGGUGCAGAUGCAGAAGCAAGCUGCUGGUCCAGGUGCCUACUCACCUGAGAUCCUGGUACUAGCACCUUCUCGUGAACUGGCGGCCCAGAUCGAGACCGAGGCAAGACGCUUCACCGCCAGCACUGGGAUUGCAACCCUGGCUUGCUAUGGUGGAGAAGGUACUAGGAGAGAAACGCUUGGCCGUCUCAGAGAAAGACCAGAGUGCGUUGUGGGGACUGUGGGUAGACUGAUCGACUUCAUUGACAACGAGAAGCACUGGUUUGGAGUCAAGAAUGUCCGUUUCCUCAUUCUGGAUGAGGCGGAUGCAAUGAUCGGAGAAGGCCUUGAUUCCAACAUUCGAAAGAUCGCGAUAGACGUGGAGACUCCGCGGAGGCAAACAAUGCUUUUUUCCGCAACGUUUGCAGAUGAUGUCAGCGACCUUGCCACAUGGAUAAGCCGUCAUGCUGUUGAGGUUCGAGUGGGCAUGAAGGACCCGCUGAAGGCAAACAAGGAUGUGAUGCAAGAGGUUGUUAUUGUGAAAGAUGAGUUUGACAAAGAGGGCGCUUUGAAGAGCAUGCUUCGGAAGCUGUAUGGUUCGCAGAACAAGAACCCAGGGAAGGUCUUGAUUUUUGCCUUUGAUCACGAAGAGUGUGACUCCAUGGCCAAGAAGAUCAAGGCGGCUCUGAACGGUGCUACUGUUGAGACACUCCACGGGAACAAAAAGCAAGCCGACAGAGAAGCGGCGAUGCAAAGGUUUCGGAGUGGUGACUCGUGGAUCAUGGUUGCAACGAGCAUCGCAGGUCGUGGUUUGGACAUCAAGGACAUAAACUUGGUCAUCAACUUUGAUCCUCCUGAGGACGGUCAAGAUUACGUUCACCGGAUUGGCCGUACCGGCCGAGCAGGGCGCAAGGGCAAGGCAAUCACCCUUCUGCGAAAAGGUCCUGAUGGGCGAGCUAUGAUCUUUAUUACGCAGGUCAUGCGCAGAACGGGCCUAGACGUACCUCAGGAGCUGAUUGAAGCGCUCAAACAGAGACGUGGGAGGGACAUGAGUUUGGCAGCUGAAGUCCUUCAAGGUUUAACGAACCAGCAGCGCCUGGAACGAAGUUGGGCCAAGCUGAUCUGAGCCAGAGUGGAGACAGUCGCCAGAGUGCAGAGAAAGUUUUGCCGCCUUGAUUCUGGAUUAAUCUGGAUUAUGUAGAUGUGCAAUGAGUGU